AUGAAGUCUAUGGAAUUGACAGAUAAAAUAGGCCAAGAUAUCUUCUUGGCAGCCCAAGCCACAAAUGGGAUUGGUGCUCAAGAGAAGGCAGCAUUAGCAAAUUUGGAAAAUCUUUCAAAAAAUGGGUUGGAGAAGUUGAUGAGAGAUUACAAGCUAGAUGCAGUGGUGACUCCAAGGGCAGAUGCUUCUUCUGUUUAUGCAAUUGGAGGGUUCCCAGCAAUUAUUGUCCCAGCUGGAUAUGAUAGCCAAGGGGUGCCUAUUGGCAUUUCAUUUGGGGGACUGAAGGGAUCGGAGGGCAAGCUAAUUGAGAUCGCAUAUGCCUUUGAGCAAGCUACUAAGAUUAGGAAACCUCCUUCAUUCAAACCUUGA